AUGAAAUCCAGCAAGUCAAGCCUCUCGUCCUGGUUCCAUAGAAAGAAAGACAAAAUCGAGAAGGCACUGCAUCAUUCGCACAACAACUCGCACAACAACUCGCACGACAACUCGCCGUUACCAGCAAAGUCGCUGGAAUCGACAGUAGAUGACCUAUCAAUCCCACAGGCACCUUGCAAUUCGAAUCCAGAUCUUGUCGCCCAGUCAGUGCUCAGUCUCAAUAUCUUUCCCAAGAACACAACGAGGACAGUGAACUUGGACCUUCCAAAGAUCGGUCAGCGCAUCGAGGACAUCACUCAAUUGGUUCACUGUGCCCAUCUACUCCGUACCCUAGAGACGCCAGCAUCUCCAUUGUCAUCCUCGUCAACCUCGCUCUCAAGCCCAUCAUCAGAUGCCACUGAAUCAUCUCUCAGUCAGGGGGAUGUGGACUGGCUAAAGUCAGUCGAGAGCAAGUCGGUAGAAAGAGACAGGGUCUGUCAGCUGUUGAUUGGGAUCGUCAGCGAGUUCAUGUCCGAUCCUAUCAAGAAUGUUGAAGCCAUUCGCGAGCUUGUCCUCGUUGGGCCAGUCCUAGAGAGAGGUCAUUUUCGAUCUCUUCUGACAAGCUUCGUGGCCGACCUUAUGACAGACCCACUUUUGGACGUCGACAAGCUUCAAGGUCUGACUCAGCUUGUCCAGGACGCCCCUCCCGGCUACAUUGAGGCCGACGAUCUGAUCAACAUUCCCGAUGCAAUUUCUAAGCGCCUGCAAGGCACAGCCUCCAAAUCCGAAGACUUUUCUUUCCACUUGGCUCUCGCAGUUUCCAAGGUGCUCGGUGUCAUGGCUGACCAAAAUGUCGAAGGUCUAGAUCGAGUGCUCCAGCAUGAUCCUCUUGGCAAGGCUCUCUCUGGACUCAGGAGUCAUGAAAAUCCUUUCUUGAGAUACGUACCAGGCGAUCUAUGGGUCUCAGGCCCUACAGUGGGACUGAAGGACAUCGAAGCCGCUGUCGAGGAGACUGUUGACAUUGUGAAGGCAGGGGUUGAGGACUUCAAUGCCAUGAUCGAGAAUGGCCAGGAGCUUGCGGAAUGUCUGAAAGACGCAUUCGGAUCUAAACAGAAGGGUCUCUGGUAUAUCUCCCUCCGUGGAGCACAGGAACUAGUCCGGCGCGGUCAACUUGCGGAUCUCAACACCCUUGUUCGUGAAGCACCCAGCCACCAGGGGUACAUGUUCCAAUGGGGUAUAUGCCAGCUGCUUGGUGAUAUUGCAGUGGAUCCAACUUGGGACGUGACCACACGUGGACAAGCAAUCAAAUUCCUUGGUGAGUUGUUUGCCACUACAUCUCUCGGCAAUGUCAGACAGUGGAUCCUCACAAUCCUCAACCACAUCGCGACGGCCCGCGUCCUGAAUCCGUCUUUGGAUGUCGCUGUCGAAGAGGCGAUCAAGACUCAAGCCUCAGCCACCAUCCAGAGCUUGGACAAGAAGAGUGGCGAGGAAGCUUUCCCUUUCCCCUACUUGUUGGGACAGCGCCUGCCACAGCCAAUAGUGUCUGCACUUUUGAAAAGAGUCAACAAGACCGCGGAUUUGGAACCAAAGCUCCUUAAGGCUCAAAGUGAGACGUGCGAGGGUAGCUUUGGGAUCUACAUCCCAUUGAUGUCCAAGGUCAGUCUACAAGACUCUGCAGAGAAGCUUGAUCCCUUGGAAGAUCGCGUCACGUCCUUCUUGAACGACAAGAAAGAGAUCAUGUUGAUCCUCGGGAACUCAGGCGCCGGCAAGUUAACAUACAACCGACAACUUGAACGAAAACUUUGGGACAAAUACCAGCCUGGUGGAGCGAUCCCCCUGUUCAUCGACCUCAAGGCAAUGGGAAAACUGGAUGAAAGCAACAUUGUGAAACGAACGCUCACUCUCUAUGGAUUCACCGAUGUCGAGAUUCAAGAGCUCAAGGAGCAUCGACGAGUCAUUCUCAUCUGCGAUGGGUAUGAUGAGUGCCGUCAGUGGGUCCACCUUCACUCGCGAAUCAAGGAUGAGAGAUGGAAGUCCUUUCAGAUUGUGGUCACUUGCAGGACCCAGUACCUCACUCCAACGUACCGCAACUACUUUGUGCCGCGACCCGCAGCUAACCAAAGCGCGUCUGAGGCCUCUUCUCUUUUCGAGGAAGCGGUCAUUGUCCCCUUCAAGUCUGACCAGAUUGAGAACUUCAUCGGUCAGUUCAGGGACACCAGAGAAGCAAAAGAUAUCUUUGAUGAUCGACCCAUUUGGAGCACAGAUACGUACAUGAAGUGCCUGUCCAAUCUGACAGCACUGGUCAAGAACCCGUUCAUGCUCAAGCUCGUCCUUGUCACCCUUCUCAGUGUUGUUGGGAGCAACAAUGAUCUCUCCAGAACCACAACGACCCGCUUCAAUCCCUACAGUGCAUUUAUCAAGCAACAUCUUGAGAGAGAAGUUCGUCGACUAGGCGAUCUACGAAUGAGGAUGAGCAAUAUCGAGGAGGAAGCUCUAGGGGCAAUUGAGAGUGACUUUGUGUUCUAUAGCAUCCAUUUCUCGAUGCGGUUGGCGCAUGCUGUCUUUAUUGAGCAAGGAGGAGUGAAUGCUAUUGAGUAUUCUGCCGCAGAUGGCCGAGGAUGGAAGGCUCGGUUCUUUGUCAUACCGCCUCGGAGAAGUUCACCGAGCUCUGGCGGAAGCGUCGGACCAAAGAAGACCAUCUUUUCGUUCCCCCAUCGAUCCAUUCUCGAGUUCUUCUACUCUUGCCGGCUCUGCGACUUUGUUCAGGACCUUCGCGACUUGGAUCCAUCAAGCGAUGAAGCGCAGUAUUCUGAUCUCUCCAUCUGUCUUGAUCCGACUUCCGAUAUAUCACUGCUUGCGGCUCACCCCCUCAAUAAGAGAAAUAUUGUCUCUGAAUCGUCGAUUGUGCACUUCUUGGUGGAGCACGCGAAUGCGAACUCUCAAUUCAAGGACCAAUUGCACACCAUUAUCAACCUCUCUAAAACACAGCCAUCUGUGAGUCAGGCAUCGGCCAACGCCAUGACAAUUCUGGUGCAGGCAGGGGUGAAGCUCAACGGAUCGGACCUUCGAGGGAUUAAGAUCCCUGGUGCAGAUUUGAGUGGAGAGGCCACUUUGAUUUCGCUCAGCUUCAAGAUGUAG